CUAAAUAAAGGAUUCUUGGGAAUCUAAAGUGCUUCCUCUUCACUUUUCAAUUUCCUUCUCUCCUUAACAAAAAUCUCUUCUUGGCAAGAAACAAACACAAAUGAGGAAUAUGCAUACUAACCGGAGAUCACCGGGUCCAAUCACGUCGGCAGCAACUCAACGCCGGCUAAAACCGGAGCCAGAACCGACGGUGAAGAAAUUCAUCAAGAUUAUUCUCCUCUCAAGAAUCAUAGAAAAAAUGAUGAAAGUUCCGGCUAGAUUUGUGAGGUUUGGUCCUAAACUCACUGACAACGUGACUCUCCAGACUCCUGUUGGUUUCAAGAGAUCAAUUCGGAUUAAAAGAAUCGGUGAUGAGGUUUGGUUCGAGAAAGGUUGGAGUGAGUUUGCAGAGGCUCACUCUUUAAGUGAUGGUCACUUUCUGUUUUUUCAUUACGAAGGGGAUUCUUGUUUCCGUGUUGUGAUCUUUGAUGUGUCUGCUUCUGAGAUUGAAUAUCCAUUGGAUGAUACUGAUGAUAAUAGAGAAGAAGUUAUGGAUGAUGAUGAACAAGGGUUUACUGGUUUUGAAAGUAGUGAUGAUGAUGGUGAAGUUGUUGAUAUGGAUGAAUUGUUGAAGAAGAAGAAGAAGAAACCAAGAGUCAACAUUAAGUCUGAGAAUGUCAUAAUACUUGACUAGUAGAUGAUGUUGAAGAGAUUGCUAUGAGGAGUCUUGAGGAAGAGGACUUGAAGAAGAACUUAUGCAAGUAUGUUUCUCCGACAAAGAUCUCUGCGGUUCCUAGCUCGUUAAACCACAUAAUAGUUCUUCGGUUUUUUGUUUCUGGUUUCUAGCUCGUUAAACAGAUUUGCAAGCUUUAAUUUUUAGUAAGAACUUGGCAUUUUUAAGACCCGUUGUGUAAUAUGUGUAGUGGAAAUUCUUGUCAAGCCUGGCAAGAACUUUGUAGUAAGAACUUGGCUAACUUGUGAGAUCCUGUUAUCAGUUUGUGUGAUGUAAUGUGUAUGUCGAAAAAAAAGCUUGCCCUGUCUGAAA